AAUGAUUUGCAAUUCGUGCUGAGGGUACUCUCUGUAAGAAAUUUAGGGUCUUUUGGACGAAGUUUUUGAAAUUCAGUGAUCGAAUUGUCAAGCGAGGCUUCAAAAAACGAAUUCUGGGUGACGUUGGAAAUUCGCGGAUGCUUUUCUCUGAGGAAUUCUCUUCGUAGGACGAUUUGAGAUCCGUUAUAAGAGGUUUCGGAAUCAUGUUGUCCGCAGUAUCGCCUUCGACCGCUGCUCGUAGUUCGCUGGAGGAAAUGCUGGAGUCUCUCCGGCGAAGGGAUGAGCGGCCCAAGGACAUACCCCCAGCAUUGCCCACUCGCCCCACCUCUAGAGCUCGGCUUCCCACAGCAAGAAGGUCGUUACCUCUUAACUUUAAAGUUGGUGAUUCUGCUAAUGAGUGCCUGCCUAAUGUUUCCAAAGAGAAGGAAGAGAAGGGGAGAGAUCGGGGUCUUCGCAGGGGAGACAGAAUAUCAGCUUCCAGACGAGUCAGUUUUGGGAGCAAAAAGAUGAAAGUUGACCGGCCUUCAGAAUCGCCCUAUGCUAAGAAGUCAGGUGAUGAGGAGAAUUAUGGUGAAGUGAUAGCUGAAACUGGUUCUAAUAACGCAGCUGCAUCAUCGACCUUGCCACAAUCAUCUGAGGAACCUGAGUGGGGGGACAAUAUUAGCUAUUUUCUGAAGAAGAAACUUCGGGUAUGGUGUCGGCUCUCAAAUGGCCAAUGGGAAUCAGGAACGAUUCGAUCAACUUCUGAAGAGGAUGCUGUUGUUUCACUUUCAAAUAGGAGUGUUGUGACGGUGCCCAUGGGAGAUCUCCUACCUGCGAACCCUGAUAUCCUUGAGGGUGUAGAUGAUCUUAUACAGCUCAGUUACUUGAAUGAGCCAUCGGUCCUUCACAAUCUUCGAUACAGAUAUUCUCAAGACAAGAUUUAUAGCAAAGCGGGACCUGUUAUGGUUGCCAUCAACCCCUUUAAAAAUGUCCAACUUUACAGAAAUGAUUUUGUCACAGCUUAUAGGGAGAAACUUACUGACAGUCCUCAUGUCUAUGCUAUAGCUGAUACUGCGUUCAAUGAGAUGAUGAGAGAAGAAAUAAACCAAUCUAUCAUCAUAAGUGGGGAAAGUGGAGCUGGAAAGACUGAAACAGCUAAAGUUGCGAUGCAAUAUUUGGCUACACUUGGAGGUGGCAGUGGAAUAGAGUAUGAAAUUCUUCAGACGAAUUGCAUAUUGGAAGCAUUUGGCAAUGCAAAAACAUCCAGGAAUAACAACUCUAGUCGAUUUGGGAAGCUGAUCGAAAUUCAUUUUAGUAGAACAGGGAAAAUUUGUGGUGCUAAGAUUCAAACUUUUCUGCUUGAGAAGUCUAGAGUGGUUCAGCUAGCUGAGGGAGAAAGAUCAUACCAUAUCUUCUAUCAACUUUGUGCUGGUGCUCCACCAUUUCUAAAAGAACGGUUGAACCUUAAAUUGGCAAGUGAGUAUGAGUAUCUUAAGCAGAGUAAUUGCUUGACAAUUGAUGAUAUUGACGAUGUCCAGAAGUUUCAUAUUCUAAUGGAAGCAUUACAUAUUGUUCAACUUGGCAAAGAAGAUCAAGAGAAUAUAUUUGCAAUGCUUGCUGCAGUUCUAUGGCUCGGAAACAUUUCCUUUCAAAUAAUUGAUAAUGAAAAUCAUGUCGAUGUAGUGGUAGAUGAAGCUGUGUCCAGUGCUGCCAAAUUGAUGGGUUGCAAGGACCAGGACCUGAUUUUAGCUUUAUCUACUCAUAAAAUUCGAGCUGGCAAUGAUGAUAUUGUGCAAAAGUUAACACUACAGCAGGCCAUUGAUACAAGGGAUGCAUUGGCAAAAUCCAUCUAUGCAAGCUUGUUUGACUGGCUUCUUGAAGAAAUCAAUAAGUCUCUUGAAGUAGGGAAACAGCGUACAGGGAGAUCCAUUAGUAUCUUAGAUAUCUAUGGAUUUGAGUCUUUUGAGAAGAAUAGCUUUGAACAGUUUUGUAUAAACUAUGCAAAUGAGAGGUUGCAGCAACAUUUCAAUCGUCAUCUCUUAAAACUAGAACAGGAGGAGUAUUCACACGAUGGUAUUGAUUGGACACAAGUUGAUUUUGAAGACAAUCAGGACUGUCUAAAUCUCUUUGAGAAGAAACCAUUGGGCUUGCUCUCUUUAUUGGAUGAAGAGUCAACUUUCCCCAAAGCUACUGAUUUGACCCUUGCCAAUAAGCUCAAGCAGCAUUUAAAUGCUAACCCUUGUUUUAAAGGGACAAGGGGUGGGGUUUUCAGUGUUCGUCAUUAUGCUGGAGAGGUUCUGUAUGAUACAAGUGGCUUCUUGGAGAAAAAUAGAGAUCCCCUGCACUCUGAUUCCAUUCAACUUCUUUCAUCAUGUAGUUGCAAACUACCUCAGUUGUUUGCUUCCAAAAUGCUUAAUCAAUCUCAGAAGCCAGUAAAUCCUGCAUGGCGGUUAGGUGCUUCUGAUUCCCAAAAGCAAAGUGUUGGGACAAAGUUUAAGGGUCAACUGUUCAAACUUCUGCAGCGGUUGGAAAACACCACACCUCACUUCAUUCGUUGCAUAAAACCAAACAGUAAGCAACUUCCUGGUCUAUAUGAACAAGAUCUUAUCUUACAGCAGCUCAGAUGCUGUGGAGUCCUGGAGGUUGUCAGGAUAUCAAGAUCUGGUUACCCAACACGAAUGACACAUCAACAGUUUGCAACAAGAUAUGGGUUUCUUCUUUCAGAGAAUAGUGCAUCCCAGGAUCCAUUAAGUAUAUCGGUUUCCAUUCUUCAGCAAUUUAAUGUCCUUCCGGAAAUGUAUCAAGUUGGUUAUACAAAAUUGUUCUUCAGAACAGGGCAGAUUGGUGCAUUGGAAGAUAAAAGAAAACAAUCAAUGGAUGCAAUUCUUGGUAUCCAAAAAUGUUUUCGUGGUCACUUAGCGCGCUGUUGUUUCCAUGAUCUCAAGAGAGGAAUAACCACAAUGCAAUCAUUUGUCAGGGGUGAAAAUGCAAGAAGGUGUUAUCAGAUUUUAACAAAGAAGCAGAUGGCUGUUGCUCUCAUACAGAAGCAUAUGAAAGAGCAAAUUGCUCGGAGAACAAUUAAUGAUCAGCAGAAUGCAGUCAUAUGUUUGCAAUCUGCAAUCCGUGGUUGGUUGGCUAGACGAUGUUUUAAUGGCAUGCAGAAUACAAAAAGAUCAAACCUAAACAAUAUAAGUGUUGAGAGGAAGCCAGACUGGAAGAUUUCAGAAAUGAAGGUACUGGACCAAGAUCAAGUUCAGGCUCAAUCUUCAGUUUUGGCAGAACUCCAAAGGCGGGUUUUGAAGGCUGAAGCAACAAUAGGACAAAAAGAAGAGGAAAACGCUGCAUUGCGGCAGGAACUUAAGCAAUUUGAGGUGAGGUGGUCAGAUUAUGAGGCAAAGAUGAAAUCCCUGGAGGAGACAUGGCAAAAACAGAUGACAUCUUUGCAGAUUAGUCUAGCUGCAGCCAAGAAGGGUCUUGCAGCUGAUGACAUUGCAGGCCAACCUGGAAGGGCUGAUGCUUCAGCAUUGCGUCACUAUUAUGAUACUGAGGAUACUACAUCUAUGGGGGCCUUGAUUCCUGGUGGCAGCAUCCCUGCCAAGUUGCCUAACCACACGUCUGACUUUGCACCUGGACAAGGGUCUAAUGGUUUGCUCAAUGCAGUGAGCCACCUGGUAAAGGAGUUUGAACAAAGGAAGCAGGUAUUUGAAGAAGACACAGGGUUCCUUGUAGAAGUAAAGUCAGGGCAGUCUGCUUCCAGUCUGAACACUGAUGAUGAGCUCCGGAAGCUCAAGCUGAGGUUUAAGGCAUGGAAGAAAGAGUUCAAGAUUAGGUUACAGGAGACGAAGGCAACACUUCACAAGCAUGGGAACUCGGAAAUGGAGAAGAGCCGUAAGAAAUGGUGGGGGAAGGGCAUGAAGUUCAUGUAGAAUAUUGUAUUUCAUCAAGGUUAUUUGUCAUCUUUACUGGCUCAGUUUUAGGCUGUGCAAUCUGCACUGGCCAGGGUAAGAAGUCUAGAGUCAGGUUUCUUGCAGAGUUGCAAGGCAUGGACAGAAACAAAGACCUUUGAGCAGCAUUGAGCGGUAAUUAACUAAAAUGAUGCACAAAUGUGCUGUUACCAUUUUCUCGUGCAGUUCUCAUCUUCCUGCAAGCAUUUGUGAUGUAAACAGAUGGGUUUGAGAGAUUAUGGGGAGGGGGCAUUCGGUUGUAUAUUUACCAUUUUUGUUACUUUGUUGUGGAGGGAUCGAAAGUGUUUGUUUAUAGUCCAAAGGGUUUUUAGGACUUCUUUUUGUAUAUUAUGUUUCAGUUUAUGUAAUCUCCGAUAGAUCGUAUUUGUAACCUGAUAGUAUCAAAGGGAGAUGAUGUCUUCUAUACCAUCCUGCUUUGUAGGAAGUAUUACAUGAUCCAUUAUGAAUCACAGGAAUCAACUUUA